ACUGUGGAAGAAGACACCACGCUAAGUUUCUGGAGGCUUCCGGGGGUUCUUACGUGAUGUGGCUAAAGUAAACCCACGAGGCAACAUUAGCUUAAAUCCCCGGCGUAACAGGGAGGCGAUAGCGCUCUGAAUUUACCUCCAUACAGGUACAAACACUCCCAGAAAAAGGUCUCUCCUGAUCAGAUGGUGUCCCGCACGCGAGGGCAUUUGGAGGCAAACUACAGUUCCUCACCCGUCCUCACCCCUCCCUGUCCUUUUCGUCACGUCAAGCCGCUUUGCAUACCGACUUCCUUCUCCCGCUGGUCCCCAUCAGCCAGCCGGCGAGGCGAAGCGUAGCGAGCAGCAGCAGCUGAUAACAUGACGGGAGGAUACUGUAUCACGGAGAGCCAUGAAGAGCUGACUUUAAAAACUUCAUUCGGGAAGUAGGCGGAUGUCGUGUGCGGCCGAUAUCCAGCUCGGAGAAGGACUACACGGAGAGGAGGAGCGGAGAAAUGGAUAAUAUUUGAUGCAACCGGGAUUUUUUUUGUUGUUGUUGUUUUUCUUGUUCGACGUGAAGAGGCGGAAUAUGCCGGUGUUUGUACACUACUGUACGUGGAAGUACACGGACUGUUUUUCUUCCCACUCACAGCUCUAACCUAAGGAUUUAAAUCGCCACUUUUUUUUUUUUUUUUUUGCUAAUUGUAGCCCCGCGGUUUAAAAAACGCUACUUGUGCGUUGCUUAUUUUAUUUUGUUUUUUUUUUUAAACGUCGUAGUUAUUGAGUGCUCUCUCCUACAGGCUUCAUGUGAUUUUGUAAGCUAAUACACAUUUUUAAAUGUAUAAAAUUAGCCAUGGGGUGGCCCCCCUCUUAAACAGCCUGUGAAACCAUUGCACCUCUUAGCUCCCCUUUUUGACCCACCUUCAAUUAAUAUUUCCUGUUAGCUAGCUUUCCCCUUAUUACAGGUGUCUAUCUUUUUUCGUGACACGGCAUUUAUUUUUCCAGUUAUAAUUAUUCUGAUUUAAAAAAAAUAUUUAUCUUUACAUUAAGGCUGCUAACUGCUGUCUGUUUUGCAAUUAAUUAACCCCUCGCAGGAUACGAAUUCCCUCAUUUUCCCGUCCUAAUUUCCACCAUGAGUUAUAUGGUAGUAAAUGUAUUGCUACGUGGACUCGUCAUCUAUGCGGUACUGGGCUCGGAGUGCUCCUACUCGAAUGAUCUGCCAAGCCACUCGUCUGAUGCUGCAAAUGUAGCCAUCACAGAUCCGUGUCUCGUCGUGAUGCCGCCGUGCGUGGGCGAGGCCGACCGCUUCAGCCUGGAGGCGCUGCGGCACAUCCACAAGCAGCUGGACGACGACAACGACGGAGGGAUAGAGGUCAACGAGAGCUUGGAGUUUAUAAUAGAAGACAUGAAGCAGCAGCAAACCAACAAACACAGCAACCUGCACCGUGAAGACCAGCACAUCACAGUGGAGGAGCUGUGGAAGGGAUGGAAGAACUCCGAAGUCCACAACUGGACCAUGGAGGACACGGUGCAGUGGCUGAAGGAGUCGGUGGAGCUGCCGCAGUACGAGAAGAACUUCCGGGACUUCCGGGUCACAGGGAACACGUUACCUCGAAUAGCGGCAAACGAACCGUCGUUUAUGUCCAUGCAGCUGAGGAUAUUAGACCAGCGGCACAAACAGAAGCUCAACCUGAAGGCGCUCGACGCCGUGCUUUUCGGGCCUCCUCUUCGUCCGCAGCACAACUGGGUGAAAGACUUUGUCCUGAUGGUCUCCAUUGUGAUCGGAGUGGGAGGCUGCUGGUUCGCCUACAUUCAGAACAAGUCCAGCAAGGUGCACAUUUCUCAGAUGAUGAAGGAUCUGGAGAGCCUUCAGAACGCCGAGCAGAGCCUGUUGGACAUGCAGAGCCGGCUGGAAAAGGCUCAGGAGGAGAACCGGACGGUCGCCGUGGAGAAGGAGAACCUCGAGCAGAAGAUGAGGGACGAGAUCAACGACGCCAAGAAGGAGGCCCACCGGCUGCGGGAGCUGCGCGAGGGCGCCGAGUGCGAGCUCAGCCGGCUCAAGUACGCCGAGGAGGAGCUGGUCCAGGUGCGGAAGGCUCUGAAGCGGGCGGAGAAGGAGAUGCAGUCGGAGCGCUCGGUCCCCGAGGCGCUGCAGAAGUGGCUGCAGCUCACGCACGAGGUGGAGGUUCAGUACUACAACAUCAAGAAGCAGAGCGCCGAGUUCCAGCUGUACGUCGCCAAAGACGAGGCAGAGAAAAUAAAAAAGAAAAGAGGUUCUGUGUUCGGAACCCUUCACGUCGCCCACAGCUCGUCCCUGGAUGAGGUGGACCACAAGAUACUAGAAGCAAAGAAAGCUCUGUCAGAGGUGACGGCGUGCCUGAGGGAGCGGCUUCACCGCUGGCAGCAGAUCGAGAAGCUCUGCGGCUUCCACGUCGUCAACAACUCGGGUCUGCCGAGCCUGACGGCCAGCCUCUACUCGGACCACAGCUGGGUGGUCAUGCCCCGGGUCUCUGUCCCUCCGUACCCCAUCGCAGGCGGUGUGGACGACCUGGACGAGGACACGCCUCCCAUCAUUCCACAGUUCUCCACCGCUGCGUUGAUCCGACCCCCGCUGACCCGCAACAGCAGCCUGUGCCGCUCCCGCCGAAGCCUGCUGAGCCAGCAGUCGUCCCUGAUGUCCCCGGACCCGGACCUGCUGUCCAUGGCCGGCUCGUCCCUCUCCUAUCGCCCCGACGCAGACGACGACCAGUUUAUGUUCAGUUUGGAUAGGAGGGGAGAACCGGCUCAGGACGGCAGCUCCGACACGGACUCCUCCCUCUGCUCCACCAUCGGCCGCAAGCAGCUGCAAUCCCCCGGCGCCGCCGACGCCCCGUACCGCCGCAUCUCCCGCGAGGAGCUGCUGCUGCUGGGCCAGGGCAGCCCGGAGCGCCCCGGCUCCUCCACCCACACCACCAGCAGCAGCAGCAGCAGCAGCCUCAGGGACUCCACGCCUCCUCCCAUGCCCCCGACGCCGGCCGCCACCCCGUCCGGCCCGCCCUCCACCUCCCCGUCCCCGGCCCUGGAGCACCACCCGUUCGUGCCGAAAGGCUCGCCCGACCUCACCCGCGUCAUACCCGAGUCCCAAAGCAUGCCGCUGUCGCAGGGCAGCGCCGCCUCUCCGACGGGCAAGGGCGUCUACAACGGCAUCCUGGAGAAGUCCUACAGCUACGGCCAGCUGCCGGCGAGCAUGCUGCCCAACGUGGGGCGCAACCCGUCGCUCACCUCGCUGGACUCGGAGGGCCGGAGCCUGGGGAGAGAUUACAAGCUCCACAGCACCUCCUCCCAGGACUCGUGCGACAACGGGGAGAAAAUCAAGCGCUCCUCGUCUAAAAUCAAAAGCUUAUUUAAGAAGAAGAAAUAAAAAAAAUAAACGCUCAGCGUGAGGUAGCGCGUCGCGUGUGACAGCGAGAGAGUAAACUAAACUAAAAUAAGAAGAGUUUUAUCGCUCAUACGUCACUGGAAGAUAAAAAAUUUAUUUUUCUCUCCUGGGUUUUUUUUUUCCUUCUUUUUUUUUUUGUCAAAGAUGGAAUGUAGCUCAGCCUGGGUGCCGUCAAACACCCCUCAGCCUGGUAGCCUUAUUUUUCAAUAAUCCCUUUGUGUUUAGUUCUCGCCGAGGAAAAAAAAAAAAAAAAAAAAAACCCCCGCACAGGCGGAGGAAGGAGCCGAGGCAAGCUCACGGUUCUCUCUUCCUUUUUCUUUUCUUUGUAUUUCUUUCAUUUUAGUUUGAACCAAAAAAAAACCUCCUUAUAAUGGGUCUAAAGGUGCAGUCUGUACAUUUAGUUUCAAACUCACAAAGUGUUGUGUUUCACUGAAGACGUGUCGCGUGGAUGAACUCGUGUACUUGACUCAUUUCAUUCAGAAGAGAGAACGAGAGAGAGAGA